UGUGUGAGAGAGAGAGAGAGAGAGAGAGAGAGAGAGAGUGAGCGUGUGUGUGUGAGAGAGAGAGAGAGAGAGAGAGAGAUUGAGAAGCUCCUCUACCCGGUCCGGUUUCCGGUUUUCUGCAGUCUGAGUUAUUUCCUAUUAAUAAUUAUAAUCAGCCAUGAGUGAUUGUUUCUCUCUGGAAGACUGUGAUGUCAUCGGCUUUGAUCUGGAUCACACACUGUGCCGGUAUCAUUUGAAGGAGACCUGUAUACUAAUAUAUGAGAGUUUUGCUCGAUUUUUGGUGGAGCAUAAAGGCUAUGAUAAAGAUCUGCUGAAUGUGACUCCAGACACCUGGGACUUCUGUUUUAAAGGCCUGGUGGUGGAUUUAGAAGAGGGAAACCUGAUCAAACUUGCUGAGGAUGGAACAGUGCUACGAGCGACUCACGGAACACGGUCCCUGAGCACAGAGGAGAUGAUGAAGACCUACGGCCCAAAAAGACAAUGGAAACAUUUUAACAGCCUCAACACGACGUUCACACGAUCUGCUAAAUACUACUAUUAUGACAACUACUUUGACCUGCCAGGAGCUCUGCUCUGUGCUCGGGUAGUGGACCUGCUGAACAAGAAAGGAAAAGAAGUCACACCAGAAUUUUGGAAGGACAUGGUGGCCGCCAUUGAUCAUAACUACAAUACGUCUGCUUUCAGAGGUUUGUAGACCAUUUCAUCUCUUAAGUUGAAGAGAAAAAAAACACUGAAUUUAUAAUGAGAUGAAAAGUUCAGAAGCUUUUCAAAUGUACUGCUUUUUACUGUGGGAUAAAACAGGACAGAAAUCUUUAGGAAGAACACUCGGACACACUCGACACUUUUAUACUUUUAUUUCUGGUGGAUCACAGUGAUGUAUAUAAUGUGAGACAUCUCGUGCGUUGUUAACUUUGCAAAUAAAUGCAAUAAGUUUUUACUUCAGUAAAUUUUUAUUUAGGUGCUCCAGAAAUUUCAUACAAAAAAAUCAAGUUUUGAAAACACAAGCGCACAAAGCGAUCAUGUUGUAAGACCUUUAGAGAAUACAGAGCAUCGUGGUCUUGUAGGAUUUUAGCACUAAGUGAUUUUCAUGGAAUAAACACGGGUUACAUCUUUCACAUGGAUAAACAUUUGGGUGACACAAUACAUUUAUUAGCGAAUAUUGAAAGACUGUGAUGAGCAUUUUUUUUUUAAAGAAAAACAAAA